GUCUCCUUUCCUCGCUAAUAACUUGUUUGUUGGUUAAUAGGCAAAAGUGCCCAAGACCGUCAAAUUAACAAUUACCCUCCCUUAAACCCUACGCCAGAACCUUCACCUGAAUUGUCUAAACCUCUUCUUUCUCUCUUUCUCCACCAUCCCAACUUUCUCUGCAAUUUCCCGUCUCAAAAUCUCUAAUCUGCUGCUGCCAUGGCUAAUUCAUUGAACAACAACGACAACGACAACAAGAGUCAGAACACGCGCCUCUACAACCCUUACCAUGACCUCAAAGUCCCAAUCCAGAAUCUCUACAACCUCCCAACUUCGCCGGAGAAUCUCUUCCCCGAACUGGUCAAUAGGACCUACCGUCCCUGGAACGAAAAACUCACCUACUACACCGGCAUCGCCUGCCUCACCGGCGCCGUUGGCGGCGGCAUAAGUGGCACCCUCGAGGGCAUCAGGGCCGCUGAGCGAGGAGACUCGUUUAAGAUUCGGGUCAACCGAGUCCUCAAUUCUGGGAUUCAGAGGGGGCGCAGGCUCGGAAACUCGCUCGGAUCGUUGGGCUUAAUCUUCUCCGUCACGGAGAGUACGAUCCAGUAUUUCACUGACAGGGAUGACAUGGUUAAUAGCGCCGCCGCUGGGCUCGCCACUGGUGCUCUGUAUAAGGCGGCGGCGGGGCCAAGGUCGGCGGCGAUUGCGGGAGUCCUCGGUGGGAUCGCAGCAGCUGCUACUGUAGCCGGGAAGCAGGCUCUGAGGAGAUACGUUCCAAUAUAGGGAUAGGGGUGACAGGUGAAAGAUUUUGUCACCAAAGAAGAAGCCCAAUCGACGAUUCGAUGAAAUACGAUGCUAAUAUUUUUCACCUGCAAACAUGAGUGUCUUACAUUGCAAGUUCUUCAGAUCCUCGGUGAGAUCCUGCCUUCUGCAAGUUCAUGUAAAAGAAAUUAUAAUUUGCUAAGUUUUCUGUCAGUCAUAAUAUAUGGAAAAUCUUUUGAUAUCUUUCAUUACACAUGCUACAUUAUAAAAUGUAUUACAUUGGAGGCAACAACAAAAAGCAAAGGAAAAACAUCACUUGUUAGUAAAUAACACAAUAUAACUUACACAUUAAUUGCUUGAAGAAAAUGCAUAACAUUCAAGCUUUGCCUUCCAUCCAGAAGCUGUAAUUAUAUUUCAAAGAGGAUCCAUGUUACACACCUUGAAUCAAUAGAAGCUUCUAAUUCUGACCCUAAAGCAAGAAAAAUUCAGCCACUACCCUUCUAUUAUAGGAAGAGGAAAAGAAUUGAGGGAAACAUGGGAAGAAGUGACAAGGGGAAUAAUUUCGUAACUAACCACCUGCAUGUCACAGAGGGUGAGGGUCGCGCGCAAGAGGCGGGGGUGAUCUCACAUGAUUUGGAGAGAGAGUAGGAAGGGAAUAUAAGGAGCAGUAGAGUAGAGGGAAGGAUAGAAAAAUAGUGAGAAUUGAGAAUAGGCUUAGGAGGGAGGCUGACUCUAUUUCAGCCAUUGUAUUUUUUUUCAUCACUUGCUAUUUCUGUCAAUCAUACAGCAACGAGGGAAGAUCAUUCUAGUCUACUCCUCUUUCCACCUAUAUUCUGUUUUUCUGAAUUGUCAUUGCAGAUACCGGUUGUUACAAUCCACAUGUCAGGAUUGUACAAAGAACUAUGUUUAUGUGCUCAAGGGUGAAGGUGAAGCAUAUAUGAAAAUGUUUUUUCUAAAAAGUUAGGAUUAUGUCUGAUUCCCCUGGACACUGCCCUUAAGACAUGUUAGGAAUAUUGUCACAUGUCGAAAUGAUUCAAGCUUCGCAACAGAAAAAGAUAAAGAAAAUGGCAUACCCUGCUGAAGUAACGCUGCAGAAGGCAUUCCUUAAGUAAGCUGCACAUGCUGUAGAAGUAUAGUAAAUUCAUUAAGACUUGCACAAAUUGAUAUAGAAAAACCUUAGGCAGCAAUUUUUUGUCUUCUCCCUUUUGUUUUAGAUCUUUGAGGUUUCUUAAUACUAUGGAAGACACCAUGUCUACUGCAGUUUUUAAAUUGCUUUGCUCAGUUGCUGU